GUCAGGGCCUGAGGGACAUGAGUGGCACUUUAGGCAGUAGGUGCCUUAGGGCACCUUAGAGCUUUGCAGCAUGUGCCUUCGAGUUAAGGAUGAGGAGCCUGCACAAGUCUACCCAGAAGGACCACGAAAGUACCAUCCUUCAGAUGUUUCUACCAGGCAGUCUUUGGAAAAACGUAUCCAUUACAUGCAAAACCUACAGAAACAGAAGAGGAAACUGGGGAAAAGGUUCAAAAGGCCUACCCCAAUUCCUGAUCCAGGAAUCCUGUGGACAUAAGCCUGAAGUCUUCUAGAAGAAACCACAUUCCAGACCAAAAUAUGUGGACUUCUGACACUAACCAAUAGGUCAUGGCUUGACUUCACCUGAAAAAUAAAGGAAUGUGUGGCCAUUCUGUAAAAUAAACACUGAGCUUGCAGUAAAA